AUGGCAACACUGCCUGAUAGUUUAAAACCCAUUAUUUUAGAAACUAUAAUAACCCAGUUAAAAGGUAAUGCAUUUGAGGCCGUUAGGUAUAAGGUAAUUACCACCUGGGAUGAAUUAAAGAAUUUAUUUAAAACCGUUUUUGGUUCAGCACAUUCAGUAUCGUACUUACAGGUACAAUUAAGUCAAAUGCGUCAAAAUUCGAAAGAAUCGAUUAAAGAGUUCUCGAUUAGAAUUGAAAAAACUGCACACGAAUUAACACACGCGUUAACGGUAGAUAAAGACCAGGCGGAAGUCAAUAUUAUAGCUCAAACAGAGCGCAUGCGCUAUUCAUAG